AUGUCCUAUACAAAACAGUGGCAGUCAACAGGUGUAACAAUGACCGGAACAAAUUUCGGUCAAGUUUUAGCAUCCGAAGCACGUCUUAGUCGUCUUCAUCGUUUAUUUAAAACACAUUUCAAUGUUACUGAACCAUCACUUGUACUUGAACCUUAUCUAUUUCUUGGCAAUUGUAUUUCAGCACAUGAUACGCAUCGCCUAUCAAAAUUAGGCAUUCGUUAUAUUCUUAAUGUAGCUAUACGUGAUGUUGAAUUAUGUCCAUAUUAUUCAAAUGAUAUACGUACACUUACAAUUGAUCUUCGUGAUGAUGAUAGAGAAAAUAUUUUACGAACAUUUGAUCAAGCAUUUGCAUUUAUUGAUGAAGCACGACGAAAUAAAUCUCGUGUACUAGUUCAUUGUAGUCAUGGACAAAGUCGAUCACCAGCUAUUGUUAUUGGUUAUCUAAUGCGUACAUAUAAUGUUCCACUUGAACAAUGUCUUAAUCAUGUUAUUAAAGCACGGCCAUGUGUUUUACCUAAUGAUGGUUUUUUAAAACAAUUAAUUCUUUAUGAUCGUUUUCUUGUUGAUCGACGUCGACAACAAGAAGAAGCAGCUCUUAUGAAAGCUGUCAAUGUUGUACCACCAACUGAAAUUCCAAUUCAACAUAAACCAUCUGUUACACCACAACCUGUACAACCACCACUUACUGUAAUAUUACCUCCAACAGACUAUUCUACAAGCGAGGCUUCUAAUACUACACAACUAUCAUCUGUUGAUUCAUCAAGCUUCGGACUAACCUCAACAUCAAGUAUUCAAUCAUCAACAAGUGCUGAAUCAAUACAGAUCAUUCCAAUUCAAGUUCAAUCAAAAUUAUCUCAUAUGGAAAAGGUUAAACCAGUUCUAAUCGAAAGAGCAUCGGAUAAAGAUGAAUCUACUGUACAAGAAAUAAAAAAUGAUGUUAAAAAAUUUUUAGAAAAAGUUGCUGUAACAGAUAUAGCAAUGACAUCAGGCAAAACAGGUCGUGAAAUAAUUAUAUUUAAUCAAUCAACAUAUAAAAAACGACCAAAUGCUUUAAUUACAAGUAUUGUUAAGCAAAAUCAUUCGCCAUCAUCACGAUCUCAUUCAGCUCAUGCUGGUCGUAAACAUAUAAGUCAUUACAAACAUCCUUCAACUUCACCUGAUGCUAAACAAUGGGAAAUAGUUCCUUAUCAUUCUAAAAAUAAUUAUACAUUUCAAGAAGAAACACCAACAAAAUAUAUUACAGAAAUUUAUGAUAAAGCAACAAAUCGUUUUAUUCCAAUACGAUGUUGA